AUGGCCGCCAAGCGGAAACUCAGCAGAGGAGUCCUGAGCUGCUGUUCACUGCGAUGGGCGAUCGGGUUGCUGGCGGCUGGCAGCUUCUGGAUGAUGGUCUGGAUUUCGAUGCACUGGAGACUGUUCAGUGGCACGCCGUCUCAGAGCUCCGAGCCCGAGGAGAAGAUCCAAGAGGCCUCGGAGCCAGCUGCUGCACGCAGUCACCUACGCCAGGCGCCGGAGGCUGUGGCGGAGACUCGCAGCGUCCAAGACACACAUCUGCCUGCCUCGAGUCCGAAGCUGCCUCGGCACGGCAAAGGCAGCAGAGUCAAAGACGGAGGCACAGAGCUGAAAGGAGGCACUUGCCCGCAGAAGCCUCGCCGCAAAGAAAAGUGGGGCGAGGUCGUGAAAGAAGACAUGAAGAUCAUCAAGGCCGGCUCUUCGACGGUGGCCAAAGCCUGCUACCGGGCAGGGGAUGCCUUGGUCUUUGACCUACGGCUGCAAGAGGCGGGAGGGCACUUCAACAUGGCACGGCUUCACGGUGUUAACAUGAAGCACUGGGAUAGCCCUGUCAUUCAGACGCAUGUCAUGUCUCUUUAG